AUGUCUCUAUCGCCGAGACGGAUCGUCGAGCUGGCAACCACCGUGGCGCAACACACUCAACAAAUUGACUCUUAUCUUGCUGAGAAGGGGUUACCAUAUCCAUCUUUCGAGGCCAAUGGGCCAGCUGACCUUAGUCUGCCGCCUCAUAUCGAACAGUCACGCACUGUAGCCCUCCAAGCAAGCCAAGAGCUCAAUGACUUAUUUCAAGGACCGAGGGAUCUACUUUUCAAUCACGAGGUCCGUUUAUCUACCAACGAUGGAGCCCAGAUAGCAGCUAACGCUACAAUAACACAAUGCGUGCCUACGGAUGGAGAGAUCACAUUCACGGAUUUGGCAGCUAUUAUUGGUAUUGAUCGUGCUGCACUCUGUUCUAUUCUCCGUCUCGGAAUCGCACACCGCGUAUUCAAGGAGCCUCGCCCUGGAGUCAUUGCCCACUCUGCAGCUUCCAGACAGAUCGCGGAAGACGCCCGUGUCGCAAGCUGGGUUGGGGCGAAUGUAGAUGAUAUGUGGCCCGCGGCCGAGAAAGUUGUGGAUGCCCUUGUAAAAUGGCCACUUGCCGCAGAGCCAAAUCAAACGGGCUUCUCACUGGCCAACGGUACGGAUCAGUCUUUCUAUGCCGAACUAGCUAAAAACCCCGAUCGAGCGCGCCGGUUUGCUGGCGCUAUGAGCUUUUUCACCACAGGCGAAGGAUAUUCCCUGCGUCAUCUCACGGAUGGAUAUUGCUGGGAUUCGAUAGGCGCCGGGACUGUUAUCGACCUGGGUGGAUCCCAUGGCGAUGCAGCGUUUGCAUUGGCUCGUAAAUACCCAAGUCUACACCUAAUCGUCCAGGAGCUGCCUCAGGUCGUCGCAGAGUCCAAGGAAGAAGUCGGCCUAGACGUGAAAUUCAUGACGCAUGAUCUCUUCGAGGAGCAGCCUGUGCAGGACGCAGACGUUUAUCUCUAUCGUUGGACUUUACAUAACUGGCCUGAUAAGUAUUGUAUCAGGGCCCUGAAGGCGUUAAUCCCCGCUCUGAAGCCAGGUUCGCGAGUGCUUAUUAUGGACUUUGUGAUGCCCCCUCCAGGUGUGCUCCCUAAUAAUGUUGAACGAAAGCUGAGGGCCAUGGACAUCACUAUGCUAGAAAUCGGAAACGCCAAAGAACGCGACAUUGAUGAAUGGCAAUCCCUGUUUGAACAAGCUGAUCCAAGGUUCCAUUUUAAAGGUGCGAAGCAGCCACCGGGUUCUAUACUUUCAAUCCUCGAGGCGACAUGGGAGGGGUAA